AUGGAUCCGCACGGUGACAUUGAAGAAUCGGAUGUCAUAUUACAAGGAAAAUUGAUUGGAAUAAGCACUAAUGAAAAAUUUAAGAUUUCUUAUUUCUCGGCCACUGACAGCCCGAAACAUCAAACCAAAGACAAAACUUCUGUUGCAAGUUUGCCACAAUCUACUGUAGAAGCACAACUGAGAUACGAAAAUGAUCGCCUCAAAUUAGCACUUGCUCAAAGCUCCGCGAAUGCGAAAAAGUGGGAAGUGGAAUUGCAGACACUGAAAAGCAAUAACGCUCGUCUGACAGGAGCUUUACAGGAAAGUACUGCUAAUGUUGAAGAAUGGAAAAGGCAGCUUCAAGCUCUAAAAGAAGAAAAUACUAAAAUGAAAUCAAGAGUACUAGAACUAGAAGCUAGCCACGGCAAUCCAGAAGCCAUAGCAGAACUUCGAAAGGAAAUUGGUACUUUAAGGAGCAAAAAGGAAACUCUUGAAGAGCAAGUGAAUAACAAAGAUAAUGAAUUGGAGCAGAUGCGGAAGCGAAUUGAAGAUAAUCAUCAAGGUCAAUCUGCCAGCCAGAAAGUUGAAGACAAGCUUAAGGUCCUUCUGGCAGACAAUGAAGGUUUGCGCAGUAGCGUCAGUCGGCUGCAGGAACAGCUUGACACUACAAAGUCAAGUAACAAGGCCAAAAAAGGCGCCUUAGAACAACUAAAUCAAAGAUUGGCUCAAAAGAUUCAAGAACUGAAAGACAUUCAACAUGAGAUUUCAAAUUUACUGAACUCCUGAUACUUGAACAUCAUGUAUCAUAUGCUUCAGUGCCCCUGGUCAUAAAUUGUAGCUCCCUACCAAAAAAAUAUCCAUUUGGGUCUUUACUGAAGAAGCUUGUUUAGCUUAUUCCCUUGUUAUCUACAAAGAAUUCAAGGCUCCAGAAUACUCUAUCCACUUAAUUUGGAAUUUGAUUCAUCUGUUCAACAUGCAAAACCAAAGAUGUGCAUUUUGUCAUUCUUCUGGUACAUGAGCAAAUAUUCAAACAUCACAGUUACUGCUGUGCUUUUGCAAGUUCCUAAGCAAAUAUUUCUUUAGCAGCUAUUUUUCAUUGGCUUCAUUAGAUACCUGACUUUAUCAUUUUUAUCAAUUUUUUGUUCAUUAAUUAAUUUUAUGUUUGAUUUUCGUGGAAUGUGUCUUCAAUGAUUUUUUAACUUAAUGUUCUUCAUCGUGUGUACUUUCUUGUGCAUACUGUGAUAGAAUUGUUUUUUUAAUUUGUUAAAGUUUCAUACCAUAUCUUGCCCCUUCAAGAAUAUUCAGUCGUACAUUCUCCUGUUAAACAGAUAUCUGUGAAUACCACUGGUAGCCAGUUUCAUUUUUAUUGCAAAAACUGUUAAUUUAUAAAUUACUUUUCACAUCUUACUAACAUGUGCAUGAAACAUUAAUAGCCAUUUGCAAAGAUUUUAAGAAUGAAUCUACUGUUUUACUUGACAUUAACACAUUUUAAUGGACGUUACAUCAUAUUUUUAAUUCUUCUACUAAUGUUAAGUUACUUACGGUUUCAUUAAAAUUAAAUUUUUAUAUAGUUAUUCUGUGUAAACCUUUAAGAGAUUUGUUAUAUAAGUUUAAGUUUUAUUCACCAAAUAAUUGAAGUGUAAAACUGAUAAGAUCAUGUUAAUCAUUUCAUCUGCUGUGUCCAGAAUUUUUAAAUUAUGCAUUACUUAAUUUUCUUUUAUGACCAGUGGCUGUUAUGCAUGCCACAUAGAUCUAUGAAUUCUAUUAAUUGGCUGUGACUGAGCUAUUAUAUUUAUAUGAAUUAAGGUAAAAUUGUAAGCUCUCAAAGGCUCACAUAUGAGCUCUCAAAAGGAGCAGAAGAAAGAAAGAGGCAGCUAUUUCCUUUUAGGUAAUAGUGUAUUGGAUGCCCACCACUUGUAAUUCAUUAAUUUAGUGACAAAUAGUGAAUGAAAAUGCUACAUUGCAAGUUCGAGAAAACUGAACUUCUACACUACAGUUAGCAGAGUUUCCAAGCCAACAUCGAAUUGUAAUUACUUCAAUAUUCUUAUUCAUUUUGAGUAAGAAAUCGUGUUUUAUGAAAUUUUGCAUAGUUAUUAAUUUAAGGAUGUAUGACUUUUGUUUUAACUCUUGUUAUUUAUUUAUUUCAGUGAAAUGUAGCUAAGCCAUUGGGUUUCUCUCAUUAAUUUUCCAUUUUAUAAAUCAUGUGGAUUAUAUGUGUUAUGCUCAGUCUGUAAUGAAUAUUAUGUAUGAAUUUAUAUUUUAUGUAAAAUAUCCUGUGUAAUUAUUUGUAAGCUUAGUUUUUCGUGUAAGUUAUUUUACAAUUUUUAUAUCUAGCUUAUUCAUCUUUUAGUUCUUUCAGACACUCGUCAGAUUUUCACUAUUAUGUAGCACAAGAACUUUGAUCUGCAAAUAUUAAUGUUUCUUACCCUUUGGCUUAGAAGUCAGUGAGAGUAAUUAAUUGCAAGUUGCUUUCAUUGCAAAUGACAUGUAAUGUUACUUUCAGGUUUCUGGAUUUUUUUUUUUUUAUCAAAAUUGUUUCUUGCGUAUUAAAAACGAUUUUUGCUCUCUGGCAAUUUCUGAAGGCAUUAAAUAGAUGCACGCAUUAGUCUGAUGCGUCCAUCAAAUGUUUCAUUUGGCUAAUGCCUGAAGGUGCCAUAGUUGAGGAUUGUUAUGCAAUGACAUUUGUCAUUGGCAGAUGAAGUUUGGUGCAAAUAUGUCACGUUAAUUUUUAUCUUUUUCUACAGUUGCUCUUUACAUUUAGAUUAUUUGUGGAGAAUAAAGAUGGUGCUCUCCCAGUCACAGUGUAUUUGAUUCCUGCUGCAGACAUGUUGCACUGCCAUUAUAAGAGACAUUAUUCUCAUGUUCGCCAUAUUUAUGCUAAUAGAUAGGUUAUACUUUAAAACCAAAGUUGAAUGUUUGUGAUGACUGCGUCAUUGAGAAUUAGGUUGAUAUGAAUCAGUUUAUACAGUGUUGAGUAGAUUGCAAUUCUAAAAACUCUAAAGAUGUAGUUGAAUGCUGUCAACCAGCAGCAGGUCUUUUUCAUCUCAUUAUUCAUUUGUUACAUUGUUACACUCUAUGUUGUACAUUUUUGAGAAUAAAUUUUUCAAUAUGGUUUUUAUGGAUAGAAUAAUGAUAAAAUGCCUGAAGCUAAAAUGUCAAAAAGGGUAUCACCAGCAGUAUUAUGCACGUUGAUUUGAGCCCUUUUGGCAUUAACAUUUGUGAGAUUAUGUACUUUGUUUAAAAAGGGUAUUUUACUUGUUUGAUACUUGAAUCUCUUAGGCAAUAUUUGAAGAUCUGACAAACAGUGCCCUUUCUGGAUGAUCUAACUAUGUAAAAUGAUCUGAGGUAUAUAGGCCCUUUGGGCAUGCAAUAUGUGUAUUAAUGUGUUUUAAGAGCUAAUUUUUUUCCCUUGUACAUUCAUUAUAGGACAAAAUGAACAUGAAUAAUUUACUCUUCAAA